CCCGCGGGCGGCGCUGCAAAUUCUGAAGGAUAACAGAUUCUGAAACGUCGGGACGGGACCCGCGCGGGGCGGGGGCAUCCGCGCGACGAUCACCUCCCGGGGGGCGGCGUUUCGGCCCAGCUCGCGCCCCCUCUCCCGGAGUCUCAAUCAUGUCACCUCAACCGCGGGAAAAAAGGCACUGACGAGCCAUGGGCGAGCGGUCCCCUCCGGCUGGCCGGCGGACCCGGCUCACCUCGUCGCUGAUGCUGGGGCAGCGUGUCCGGGAGGUCACCUUAGACCGGGAACGGGGGGUCUUGGCCUGGCGGGACCCGGAGCCCCGGCCGCGCAGGGGACGAGCUGCAAAGGAAAUGGUUUUGUGGAGAAGGCAAAGAGAGAGUUGUGCUGUGCCCACUUCUGAGAUCAUUGCUGUUGAGGAAACAGAAAUUGAUAAGAAACAAUCUAGUACUGGGAAAUGGCAAAAAAUGACAAAACCACAUGCAUUCACAGUGUACCAUGUGAAGAGGGCACGACAUCACUGCUGGCAGUGCAAUGAAGUGACAUUCUGGUGCAUUGAUGAGCAUCUUUGCAAUCGUUGGAUACGUGCACUAAAAGAAUUACUUGAUUUGCAAACCUGUAGACCAAAGCACUUGCUUGUAUAUAUUAAUCCGUAUGGAGGAAAACAUCAAGGAGAAAAGAUAUAUCAGCAAAAAGUAGCUCCCCUGUUUAGCCUGGCUUCCAUCACCACUGAUGUUAUAGUGACUGAACGUGCCAAUCAUGCUAAGGAUAAUUUAUUUGAAGUUAAUCUAGAGAAAUAUGAUGGCGUCAUUUGUGUUGGUGGGGACGGAAUGUUCAGCGAAGUGAUGCAUGGCCUGAUCGGAAGAACCCAGAAGGAUUAUGGCAUAGACCAAAAUAAUCCCAAAGCACCAUUAGUCCAAUGCAAUAUCAGGAUUGGCAUAAUCCCUGCAGGUUCAACAGACUGCAUAUGCUAUGCAACAGUUGGUAUCAAUGAUCCAGUAACAUCAGCAUUACAUAUCAUUGUCGGAGAUACUCAACCUCUGGAUGUCUCUUCAGUACAUCGCAAUAAUAUAUUUCUAAAGUACUGUGUAUCGCUAUUGGGGUAUGGUUUUUAUGGAGAUGUAUUAAAAGACAGUGAAGCGAAACGCUGGAUGGGCCCAGUCAGAUAUGACUACUCAGGUUUCAAGACUUUUCUCUCUCAUCAUUAUUAUGAGGGAACGGUAUCCCUUUUACCAGCAGCACACACUGUGGGAUCUCCGAGAGAUAAAAAAUACUGCAGAACUGGGUGCCGCAUUUGCAAACAAAGUAAACAACAGCUGGAGAAAGAGCAUCGGAAGUAUGGAACAGAGAUUAAAGGGGACGAAGAAGGAGAGUGGAAGGUUAUUAGAGGGAAGUUUCUAGCCAUCAAUGCAGCAAACAUCAGUUGUGCUUGUCCACGGAGUCCAAAAGGCCUUUCACCAGCUGCUCACUUGGCAGAUGGCUCUGCAGAUCUCAUUCUGGUUCGCAAAUGUUCCCGCUUGAAUUUUCUGAGGUACCUUGUAAGGCAUACUAACCAGGAUGAUCAGUUUGACUUCAGCUUUGUGGAGGUUUAUCGGAUCAAGAAGUUUCAGUUCACAUCCAAGAAUUUCGAAGAUGGUGACCAUGAUACCAAGCAUAUGAGGAAAAAACACUUUGGGCAGUUCUGCCGGGAUCACCCGGCCUGUUGCUGUGUCCUUCCCAACAGCACCUGGAACUGUGAUGGAGAAACUCUGGAUAGUUCAGCCAUUGAAGUCAAGGUCCACUGUCAAUUAAUGAAGCUCUUCGCAAGAGGAAUAGAAAAAUCCAAAUGUGAAGCAAAAUACAUGCAGCUUACCUGAGUAAUUAGCUCAGCCCUCCAUGAAACGUGAGCAACAGACAGCAGCUGCCUAGACAAUUAAGCAUUUCAGGCACAUGAAUAAACGUUUUAAAGCUGAA